AUGAGCUUUGGACAAGGCGAAAAGCCUAGUCUUAAGCACUUUCAUGUUUGUGGAUGUCUAGCUGAGGCUAGGCCUUCCAGGCUAAAUGAAAAGAAGCUGGAACCUAAAACUGUGAGGAACUACUUUAUUGGAUAUUCUAAGCAAUCUAGGGGUUUCAAGUUUUAUGAUCCCAAAGUAAGGAAUACAUUUGAAACGGGAAUUGCAAAGUUCUUUGAGGAUAUUGAGUUUUGGGAGAGAAAUAUUGUUAAAGACUUUGUUUUUGAGGAGGAUUUAGAAUCAACCACUCCUCUUGAAGAUGUGUUGAUUUCUAUUGCAUUAGUUGGUUUUGACAAUGUUCAGGAUUCCAAUCCAAAUAUUGAUCAAGUUUUAGAUCAAGAGCAACCAAACAUUGUCAAUCAAACCGCAGAGGUACAAACUGAACAACCUUAA